CUCUCUGCUCCCUUGCAUUCCCAUCUCCCCCUCGUAAAUUUUACAGAGGGAAAGUCCAUCCCUCCACGUCUCCCCACACGCCGCGUUUCCAUAAAACCCCCCAUCCCUCCCAGAUCUAAACCCCAUCCCUCCCAGAUCUAAACCCCAUCCCCACCACCCUCCUCCAGAUCUGGAUUAGGGGAAGCAAAAAGAAAAUAUCCCAAUGGCGUCCUCCGACUCCGCGAGCGCCGCCGGAUCCGAAUCCAACAACGGCCCAUUGGCCCCCUCCUCGAUCCCGGCGGCGGUGCCGGAGCGGCGGAAGGUGGCGCUGAUCACCGGCAUCACCGGGCAGGACGGCUCCUACCUGACCGAAUUCCUCCUCGGCAAAGGCUACGAAGUCCACGGCCUGAUCCGGCGGUCGUCCAACUUCAACACCGCCCGGCUGGACCACCUCUACGUGGACCCCCACAACUCCUCCAAGGCCCGCAUGAAGCUCCACUACGCCGACCUCUCCGACGCCUCCUCCCUCCGCCGCUGGGUCGACGUCCUCCUCCCCGAUGAGGUCUACAACCUCGCCGCCCAAUCCCAUGUCGCCGUCUCCUUCGAGAUCCCCGACUACACCGCCGACGUCGUCGCCACCGGCGCCCUCCGCCUCCUCGAAGCCGUCCGCUCCACCUCCUCCUCCGGCAAGCCCAUCCGCUACUACCAGGCCGGAUCCUCCGAGAUGUUCGGCUCCACCCCCCCGCCCCAGUCAGAAUCGUCCCCCUUCCACCCUCGCUCCCCUUACGCCGCCGCCAAGGUCGCCGCCCACUGGUACACCGUCAACUACCGCGAGGCCUACGGUCUCUUCGCCUGUAACGGCAUCCUCUUCAACCACGAGAGCCCCCGCCGCGGGGAGAACUUCGUCACCCGCAAGAUCACCCGCGCCGUCGGCCGGAUCCGCGUCGGCCUCCAGACCAAGCUUUUCCUCGGCAAUCUCUCGGCCGCGAGGGACUGGGGGUUCGCCGGGGACUACGUCGAGGCUAUGUGGCUCAUGCUGCAGCAGGACGAGCCCGGCGACUACGUCGUUGCCACCGAGGAGUCUCACACUGUGCAGGAGUUCCUCGAGGCGGCCUUCGGGUAUGUCGGGCUCGACUGGAAGGACCAUGUUGUGAUCGACAAGCGGUACUUCCGCCCGGCGGAGGUCGAUAGCUUGAAGGGGGAUUCGUCCAAGGCGAGGAAGGUGCUUGGGUGGAAACCCAAAGUCGGGUUCCAGGAGCUGGUCAAGAUGAUGGUGGACCAGGACAUUGAGCUCGCCAAGAGGGAGAAGGUUCUGGUUGACGCCGGAUACAUCGAUUCCCAGCAGCAACCCUAGAGAAAUGUGUCUCAUCCAGUUGCAAAUCAUCUUCUUCCUUCCCUUUAAAUUUCGGUUUGAUUCAUCUAGAUAAGAAAGUUAUAAUUUUUCGAAAAUAAUAAUAUCUGUGUUCUUCUGGGGAAAUGUGGUUAGUGUUUCGAAUGCUGCUGUGAUAUUUCUAUCUUUGAUCGAUUAACUAGAUGUUCUCUCGGUCUUUGUUUUGUUCUGGUAAUUUCUUUUUGUUAUCAAUACUAAAAGUCGUUGUUAUUAAUGUGAAUCAUGUUCUGCUAUUAUUUAUUAAUUU